AUGGGGAAAAGCUGCAGAGUUAACAAGCUCUGCAUUCUGUGUGUGCUCUUAGCCCUGGUCUCAAUAGCAACCAUCAUCACGUUGUGGACUAUUGCCCUGACAGGAGGAGACAAUGAUGACGGGACAGCUCCUUGGGACAGCUAUCGUCUCCCCACUGCGUUGGUCCCUGCCUACUACAACGUCACCCUUUGGCCUCGGUUCAUCUGUGACCCGAUAACUGGCCUCUACAUCUUUACAGGCCAAUCAACUGUGGAGUUUGAGUGUAUGGAAGAAACAAAUCUGAUCCUGAUCCACUCCAACAAACUCAACUACACCAAGCUGAACAACACACACACUGCCCGGCUGAUCGCUUCAGGUGGUGGGUCUGCUCCCAGCAUUAAGUCCUGCUGGAUGCAGCCUGAGACCCAGUAUCUUGUCAUUGAGCUGAAUAGUAAAUUAACUAGAAAACAGAAGUACCAGCUGUACACAAACUUCACCGGAGAACUAGCUGAUGACUUGGCAGGCUUCUAUCGGAGUGAAUAUGAAGAAGAUGGGGUCCGAAAGAUCGUUGCCACCUCUCAGAUGCAUCCGACUCAUGCCAGAAAGACCUUCCCUUGUUUUGAUGAACCAGCUUUAAAAGCUGUUUUCCAUAUAACUCUCAUCCACCCCCCUGGAACUGUAGCCCUGUCCAAUGGCAAGGAAAUAGACAUUGUUAACAUCACCAUUGGUGGAGCAUCUGUGACACACACUAAGUUCGAGCCCACCGAGAUCAUGUCCACCUAUUUACUGGCCAUCGUUAUCUCUGACUACACACACAUCAGCGCUGCACAAGGACACACUCUGAUCCGUAUCUGGGCUCGCAGGGACGCGAUGGAGCAGGGUCAGGGGAGCUACGCCCUGAACGUGACCAGACCGGUGCUGGACUUCUUCCAGUCCUACUUCAACAUCUCCUACCCUCUGAGCAAGUCUGAUCAAAUCGCCCUGCCAGACUUCUUCUUUGGUGCGAUGGAGAACUGGGGUUUAGUAACUUACAGAGAAAGCAACCUCCUCUAUGACCCUGUGACCUCCUCCAACAGAAACAAAGAGACGACUGCCACCAUCAUUGCUCAUGAACUAGCACACAUGUGGUUUGGUAACCUGGUGACUCUGCGCUGGUGGAACGAGGUGUGGCUGAACGAGGGCUUUGCUUCCUACGUGUCGUACCUGGGAGCGGACCAUGCUGAGCCGGCAUGGAACGUGAAAGACUUGAUCGUCCUGGAUGACGUCCACAGGGUGUUUGCGGUGGACGCCCUGACUUCCUCUCAUCCUCUGUCCUCUAAAGAAGACAGUGUUAUCCUGCCGGGCCAGAUCUCUGAGCAGUUUGAUACCAUCUCAUACAGCAAGGGUGCAGCAGUGUUGAGGAUGUUGUCUGAUUUCCUCUCAGAGCCGGUCUUUGUCCAGGGACUCAGUACAUACCUCAAACAAUUUUCCUACAGUAACACAGUGGGGAGUGACCUGUGGCACCACCUACAAUUGGCAGUGAGCGCCAAUGAUGUUCCACUUCCUCAUCCAGUUUCUGACAUCAUGAACCGCUGGGUGCUGCAGAUGGGCUUCCCUGUGGUUACCAUAGAUACUGUUACAGGAAAGGUAUCCCAGAAGCACUUCCUGCUGGAUCCAGAGUCUAACAACAUGGUCCAAUCACCUUACAAAUAUGAGUGGCUUAUUCCUGUCAGGUGGAUGAAGAGCGGUGAAGUCCAGACAGAUAUCUGGUGGCUGAAGGAAAAACACGCGGUAAACUUUGAAAUGACGAGAGACGGUUCGUGGCUCCUUGCCAACAUCAAUGUAACUGGAUAUUACCGGGUAAACUACGACCAUGGAAACUGGGAGAGCCUCCUGGCCCAGCUGCACUCAGAGCACCAGGUUAUACCUGUGAUUAACAGGGCCCAGCUUGUGGAUGAUGCUUUCAAUUUGGCAAGGGCUCGGAUGGUUUCUAACACUCUGGCUCUGAACACUACUCUCUAUCUAUCUGCGGAAACACAAUACAUGCCCUGGCAGUCUGCUCUGGAUAAUCUGGACUAUUACUACCUAAUGCUUGACCGCACUGAAGUCUAUCCGCACAUGCAGGUGUACUUAAAGGAUCUUGUGACUCCACUCUUCCUAUACUUCAAAAACAUGACAUCAGACUUGAGCUGUGUUCCUGAUGGACACACUGACCAGUAUAACCAGGUGAAUGCCAUCCGCACGGCCUGUAAGACGGGAGUGACAGAGUGCCAGACCCUGACAACCGCAUGGUUCAAACAAUGGAUGGAAGCCCCUCAACACAAUUUGAUCCAUCCCAACCUGCGCUCAGUGGUGUACUGCAGUGCCAUGGAGGCAGGAGAGGAGGCAGAGUGGGAGUUUGGCUGGUCUCAGUUCAGGAAUGCUUCUGUAGCCAGCGAGGCCAGCAAACUCAUGUCUGCUCUGGCCUGCACCAGCGAUGUUAGCCUGCUGAAAAGGUAUUUGUCUUAUACCUUGAACUCAACUAUGAUCCGUAAGCAGGAUGCUACCUCGGUCAUCACAUCCGUGGCCAGCAACAGUGUGGGACAGGUUCUGGCAUGGGACUUUGUCAGGGAACAUUGGGAAUACAUGUUCACACAAUAUGGCGUGGGCUCCUUCUCCUUCGCCUCCAUGAUCACUGGGGUCACUGCACGGUUCUCCACAACAGCUGAACUACAACAGCUGCUGCACUUCAUUGAGGUGCACGGUGAGGACAGCUUUGGACCUGCCUCCCUGGCUGUGGCUCAGGCCUUGGAGAGGACCAGGGCCAACAUCAAGUGGGUCCAGCAGAACCAGCAGGAGGUCCUGGACUGGUUCAGAACUCACACUGCACAUCACACAUAGCCAG